AUGAUUUUUGGCUUUAAUUUCUCAGUUCGAAUUGGAGAGCAUGGCUACAGCGAGGCACGGAACGACAUUAAGGGAGUACUUUUCACCAUUUACGAGAUCAUUACUCGCGACGAAACACUGCGUGCCAUUCGGCACGAGGAGCAACACGUCCUGGAAAUCGAACAGAAGGAUUGGAUCCAGCAUUCAGAUGUCCAACUUGACCGCCCAGUCUCGGAGUUUAGCGAGGUCCUCAGAGAGUGGCCUGAAAAGCGUCGCAGAGGCAAACAGAUCACUGCCUACAAAGACGCGCCCGACUUCAUCGAUUGGCCCGAUACUCCUCAACCGCCGCCUUCCGAAAUGGUUUACUACGACGGCAAGCGUACUACCGAGCUUAAAGUGCUCUGGAGCACGGAGAGAAAAAGGUUGUCAGAUAAAGGCAAGACGGUUCUGAACUGGCAACGGCCGCCGCAGUGCAAGCUUAAACCUGGGGAGAGGAUUCCGGAGACUGGCGAAUUUAUUACGCGGGCCUGA